AAUGUUCUCUUCAAUUGCCUACUCUUCCUUUUUCUUGUCAACUAUCUUUCUGACAUCAUUGAUUUUUCAAUCAAAAGCUCAAUUGAAUGCUACAUUUUAUGAUACCACAUGCCCCAAUGCGUCUAGCAUCGUUCGCAGUGUUAUUCAGCAGGCUUUGCAGUCUGAUAUUCGGAUUGGUGCCAGCCUUAUUCGUUUGCAUUUCCAUGAUUGCUUUGUCAAUGGAUGUGAUGGUUCAAUCUUGUUAGACAACAGCGCCAACAUACAGAGCGAGAAAGAUGCUGCUCCAAAUACCAACUCGACCCGAGGCUUUAACGUUGUCGAUAACAUCAAAACUGCUCUUGAAAACUCUUGUCCUGGCAUUGUCUCUUGUGCAGACAUUCUGGCCCUUGCUGCUGAAGCUUCUGUUUCUUCGCAAGGAGGUCCAUCAUGGACCGCACUACUGGGGAGAAGAGACAGUUUGACAGCAAACCAAGCUGGAGCUAAUUCGUCCAUUCCCUCUCCGUUUGAAAGCUUAAGCAACAUCACUGCCAAGUUCUCUGCCGUCGGGCUAAACACCAAUGAUCUCGUCGCAUUAUCUGGUGCACACACUUUUGGACGUGCUCAGUGCAGAUUAUUCAGUAACAGGCUAUACAAUUUCAGUGGAACAGGCAAUCCUGACCCAACACUCAAUUCAUCAUACUUGACUACCCUCCAACAAAUCUGUCCCCAGUCUGGAAGCGGAUUCAAUGUUGCCAAUCUUGAUCCCACCACUCCUGAUACAUUUGACAAUAACUAUUUUAGCAACCUUCAAAACAAUCAGGGCCUUCUCCAAUCAGACCAAGAGUUGUUUUCAACAAGUGGGGCUCCCACAAUCUCCAUUGUCAACACCUUCAGCAGUAACCAAACAGCAUUCUUUCAAAGCUUUGCUCAGUCAAUGAUAAAUAUGGGGAAUAUCAGCCCAUUAACAGGAAGCAAUGGAGAGAUCAGAUCAGAUUGUAAGAAGGUUAAUGGAAGUUAGUUAAUCGACCUCUGAAAUCUAUAUAGACACAAGAUUAAUUAAUAGGAGUUGCUACCUAGUUAAAUAGCAAGCAAGGUCAAGAGUAUUUUAUUAAGAAAAAAGCAAAUGGAUUUAUUUUAUUAAGAAUCAAAGCUGAAAUCACAAAAUAAUGGAAGCCUAUCAUGUUUGUAUUAUGUGAAGUUUGAUCUAGGAGUGGAAUAUCUGUGACCAGGGUGUGCCUGUAAAAGAUAAAUUGUUGAAAAAACUUUUAAUGAAAUUAUUAUUGUAACAAGGACCAGGCA